AUGGCCUUCUUCAACUUAUAUCUAUUGGGAUAUCAACAUCCCUUUCGGAACAAAAAAAAGGACAUAACUGAAGAAACAAACCAGAGGGAAUCAGUGUCCACUAGGCUUCCCCCCAUUAUCUCAGAAGAUGGGAAUUAUUUCCUGCACCAGAAUAGUCACAUGAGAUACAAUGAAGCUGUACGGAAGGUGUUGCUAAAAACAUUCCCCAAUCAGGUCUUCAGAGUCCCUCUGACUGAUGCUCAGAACUUCAGCUUCUGGCGGUCUCACGAUCCAGGAGUACGUCCGGAGAAAACCAUGCCAUGGAUCUGGAGCCCACGCCACUGUCUCAUUAAAAGCCCAAUGACCAGGUUUAUGGAUCACUCCAUUCUUAACGACAGAAACUUCAGUCUAUAUUGA